AUGGCUGACUUCCCAUUACCGCAGACAAAAGCCGAUACAUCGAAAGAGCCGUCUGUCACCGAAGUUCAAGAAAGCGAUGAACCCCAUCGUGACAUUUCUGGCGACAUCAUCGAGGAUGGCCUACGUCGGGGGCUUAAGGGCCGUCAGUUUGUGAUAAUUGCCCUAGGGAGUAUUAUUGGACCGGGUUGCUUUUAUGGCUUGGGCUAUGGGAUCUACGAAGCUGGUCCAUUGGGUCUCCUGAUUGGAUUUUCUGUUGUGGGUGCUUCGAUGUGGAUUUUGAUGCAGAGUGUCGGAGAGGUUGCCACGCUCUUUCCAGUUCACGGCGGGUUUGUAGAGCACUGUGAUCGAUUCGUAGAUCCAGCCCUCAGCUUUGCAGUAUCUUGGCUUUACUAUUUUAUGUGGAGUGUAUUUCUUGCAUCAGAUUGGAACAACGCCACAGUCUUCCUUCGAUUCUGGAUUCCUGAUACCACGAUCCCCGUCUGGGCUUGGUAUAUCUUAUUCUUUGUCUUUUUCUCCAUCCUAACCACCCUUGGCGUGAACUUCUACGGGGAGACUGAAUACUACUUUGGCAUGUUUAAGUUCCUGUCACUCAUUGUGCUAUUUUUCAUCUCCAUUCUUGCCGAUACUGGUGCGUUUGGUAAUGGGUAUGUCGGAUUCAGGUACUGGAAAGAGCCAUACGGUCCAAUCCGAAAUGGAAUCAAUGGAUUUGGUCAAGUAUUUGUUCUGGCCGCCGCAUACUAUGUUGGAACUGAGAUUGUUUCUGUUGCCGCGGGAGAGUCCAAAAACCCUCAACGAGACGUUCCCCGUGCCACCAAUUCUAUCCUCUAUCGUAUCUUGGUCGUGUUUAUUGGCAUGUCUUUUUUCCAAGGCCUGAUCUGUCCGUCAACAUCGGAUGAUCUGGUGCAUCCAUCGUCCACAACGGCAUCAUCCCCGUUCACUAUUGGUUUUGCACUUGCUGGGUGGAAGUCUUCCGGGCAUUUCGUCAAUGCGAUUAUUAUAAUUGCCUUCAUUUCCGCUGCGAAUGGAGUGAUCUACAUCCAAUCACGCACACUUUACUCUCUCGCGUUGAAACGCAAAGCUCCCUCGUUCUUUGCAAUCACAAACACUAGGGGGGUGCCAUACCCGGCAAUUAUUUUCUCAAAUAUGUGGGGCUUCCUAGGCCUGAUGUCCUUGCAAACAACGGCAGGGAGUCUGUUUUCUUACUUCACCUCUUUCGGUGGUACUGCGGCCUACAUCGCAUGGGCUUCGAUCACAUUUGUUCAUCUGAGAGUUCGUGGCGCCGCGAAGAGGAAAGGGAUCGACGCCAAACAAUUUCCCUAUACAGCGCCGGGCCACAUUUCGAUCUACUGGGGUAACUUCUUCUUCAAUAUUUUCCUAUUGCUGAUCCAAGGUUUCACGGUAUUUGAGACGCCGUUCAACUAUUCGUUGUUUAUCGCGUCGUAUAUUAGCAUUCCGGUGUUUUUCCUCAUGUUUUUUGGAUAUAAAUGGUGGUUCAAGACUAAAUGGGUAUCAUUGGAUGACAUUAAUUUCCCGGAUAGGCUCAACUGGGUGAUUGAAGAUCCGGACAAGACAAAGAAAAGAUCCUGGGGCAGAAGGCUCGUGAGAAUUUUGAAGGAAUAA